AAGAGUCUGAACUGCUACUUGCUUUCAAGUCUCUAUAUUAAGUCAAUCUUCGUUGUCUUCUUCUCCAGCUGAUUCACUAAUGCCUCUCGCCUCUCUAUUUCUUCCUCUCAUCUCCCGUUGUUCUUGAUCGAACUGAUUUUGAUCCCCGGAGUCAGCAUUUCCGUCGAGUUCUUCAAUCGGCACUCGCAGCUUUUCCGAUCUCGGAUUCUCCGGUACAGAGUAAUAUACAUAAGUUCUUCAUAUCUUCUUCGAUCUUCUUCUUCUUCUUCUGCAAUUUCUUUUUUUUUUUUUUUUUUUUUUUUUAAUUUCGUUGAUUUGCGAUUUCAUAUUUUGUCGUUUCUAUAUCUCGAUCGGAGAUUCAGAUCUCUUAAAAGUGGAUCCUCUGUUCUUCUCUGUUCCUUAACGUUACCUUUAAAAAAAAUCUGGCAAGUAUGUAACUUGGGUUUUCAGUUUUAUUAAACAUUUCGAUUUAAAAAAAGAAAAAAAAAAAAGAUUUUUCAUUACUGUUAUUCUUAUAUGGUUUUGGAUUCUAUUAGUUUCUUAUUUUCUGUUUAAGCAGACUGGAUUCCUGUUUUCUUCCUGUUCCUUAGCAGAACCUUAAAAAAAAAUUCCAAAAAAUAUGUAAUUUCAGUCUCAAUCUGCUUUAAGGUUUUUUUUUCCCCCCAAAAAAAAAAAUCAUAAAAAAAAAAGAUUUUUACUCUAUGAAUAUAUGAUCUGUUUUCUCUGUAUCUUCAAGGAAUUGAACUCAAUUCCUCUUUAGUUACAGUCCGUUUUGAUUAAAAAAAAAAAAAAAAAAACUGCAAAAAGUAUGUAAAUUGAAAAUUCCUAAUCUCUGAGUCAGCCAUUUGAGAUUUUUUUAAAAAGAAAAAGAACAAAAAAAAGGAAGAGGAGGAGGAGGAAGAAGAAGAAAAGAAUGCCGGAAUUAGAAAAUGUUAAUUCGACGGAGUCGGCUCCGGCGACGCCAGGGACACCAGGGGGGCCACUGUUUUCAUCUCAGCGAAUAGACUCACUCUCCUACGAUCGGAAAUCGUCGAUGUCGAUGCCGAGAUGCAAGUGCUUACCUAUGCAGCCUUCUUCGUGGGGUCCACAGAACACAUGUCUCACCGACUUUCCCAAGCCUGACGUCUCUCUCACCAAGAAGUUAGGAGCUGAGUUCGUGGGGACCUUCAUUCUCAUAUUUGUAGCAACAGCUGGGCCAAUAGUAAACCAGAAGUACAAUGGAGCGGAGACCCUCAUAGGGAAUGCAGCAUGUGCUGGGCUUGCAGUGAUGGUUGUUAUCCUUUCCACUGGCCACAUCUCAGGGGCACACCUUAACCCAUCUCUCACCAUUGCCUUUGCUGCACUUCGUCACUUCCCUUGGGUCCAGGUCCCAGCUUACAUUGCAGCUCAGGUAUCAGCAUCCAUCUGCGCCUCUUUUGCCCUCAAGGGUGUGUACCACCCUUUCAUGUCUGGUGGUGUCACUGUCCCCUCCGUAACUGUUGGCCAAGCCUUUGCCAUUGAGUUCUUCAUCACCUUUAAUCUCUUGUUUGUGGUCACUGCUGUUGCCACGGAUACUCGGGCGGUUGGAGAAUUGGCAGGGAUAGCCGUUGGGGCAACAGUUAUGGUUAACAUUUUGAUAGCCGGGCCUACAAGUGGUGGUUCAAUGAAUCCAGUAAGAACCCUAGGACCUGCGGUUGCAGCUGGUAAUUUCAGAUCAAUUUGGGUUUAUCUUAUAGCACCAACUCUCGGAGCCUUGGCUGGUUCUGGCGCCUACACUGCUGUGAAGUUGCAAGAACAUGAGAUUGACCCGCCAGUAACACCUCGAGCUAGAAGCUUCCAUUAAUGGAUGCUACCUAGUCCUGUUCCAUUAAAAAUCCAGUAUAGAUCUAGAGGUUGCCAUGGGAAUGCUUUAGUGUUUUCACUAUAUGUGCUUGCACUUCUUUCUUCUUAUACAUAAGGAAUUCAACAAUAUAAUAAGGCUGGGGCAGUGAGGAUGCCAAGGAUAUCAAGUCCAGUAAGGACUUUCUUGCAUUAGUAGUGGAAAGAGUGAAUGUGUGUGUUUUUUCUUGUAUGAUUGUAGCAUCUUAUUAUGUUAUUUGCGUGCAUAGAUACAUAUAUAAAGUGAGUUUUAAGGUUUGUCUAAA